UUCAGUGGCACUCACUCAGCGCCUCUGGAAGGGAAAAGAUCUGGUUUUCCCUCCUUCUACUCGCUGCCCCGGUGUCUCCGUCAGCCAGAAUGUCCCGUUUUGUGCUGUUUCACUGGAUUAUAAUACAAAUCUUUAUAGCACACACGGUGUCUGAAAACGUGGUUAAAGGAAUAAUAGGACAAGCUGUGACAUUGCCUUGCUCCUACCAGGUGAUGCGGCGUGAGGACAUCACCGACAUGUGCUGGGGUAGAGGCCCCUGCCCGAGCUCAAAGUGCAGGAACAAAAUUUUGCACACCACUGGCACUAAGGUGACAUUCAAAGUAUCUCAGAGGUACAACCUCCACGGCUCUCUUUACGUUGGAGAUGUGUCCCUCACGAUCGGGACGGCGCAGGCGGAGGAUGCGGGAAUAUACUGCUGCCGCGUGGAGAUCCCCGGCUUGUUCAACGACAUCAAGCGGAACAUACGGCUGGAGGUGGCCAGAGCCCCUCCAGUGACCACAACCACCACCAUGGGCCAAGCUCCGGUUUCUGCCGAACAUUUUGCAGAAACAACUUUUGCUCCUCAAACAACCUCUGAUCUCCAGCCAACAUCAGAGACUGCAGUCCUGCUGACAACCAGCACCUCUGCACCAGCAACCACAGCCACUGAGUCUCCAGCAGUAACUACAUGGGAGAUCUCUGCUCCCCCAACAAUUGCUGUGACAGAAGAUUUUAUUUUUCCAGUAACUACGGUGGAAACCAGUGCUCCCCCAGAUUUUCCAACUACUUCCCAAGCAGCUGAUGUGACGACUGAAGACGACAUGUUGUGCUUCACGCUCCCUGGAAGUACAGAGGUGACUACUGAAUUCCCAGUUACAUUUCCAACUGCAGAGGAAGCUACCACCUCUGUCAUGAUGGAAGAGGAUUCAGUCAUGGAGGUUUCAGCAAAUUCAGAUGGCAAUGUUGAGAAACAUGAAGAUAGAGCACAUAAGUUUCCCAGCAGUGCCAUUCUCAUUGCCUGUGUCAUAGCAGGGUCCAUCCUUUUGGUAUUGAUGAUCUCGUUGGUUGUGAAACGUAAACAUGCAAAGAAGUUUAUAAUAAAAAGAUAAGAAAGGAUGCUCUGAAGCAGCCAGGUCCUUCUGCCCCAUCCAUAGUGACCUGUGCUUCUCACUGCAGUGCUGGACCACCAGAAGAGGCUGAAAAAGUUUUCAGUGGUGCUGAAGGAGAAAACAACGUUUUUUCCCUGUGAAGAGCUCCUACAUCAUCUGCAGAUGCCAUGGGAAAUAAAAAGGGCCUGUUCCAUGCUGUAUUGAGAGAUACUUGUGAGCCCUCAAAAUAUCAGUGGGUGUAAAACAAAGGCCAAAGCUUCAACUAUGAAAAUUUAAAAUCUUUGUGCAAAUUUUCCCUUAUCACCCUUAAAACUCAUUGCAUAAAGAAGCUUAUUUGAGAAGGGGCUUUAUGCAUUAUUCAUAGCUGCUUCUGGCAUCUGCCUUCUUACUAACACCAUGUUGCACAAUUUUUUCUCCUUUUUUACUAAUGCUCUUUCUUGAAUACAACUUGUACUGUGAGGAACAGAAGAGAUCACGUGGAAGGCUGCCUAUCUUCAGAUUGCCAUGAAGAAAGAAAAGGAAUCAUAAAAUACAGUUUUUAAUGCUUUUAUGUAAUCAACAGAAAAAUUAAGCUGCAAGAGUUCUGUGAGUUUAAAUCAAAAAUGCAGAUUACUUAAGGGGUACCACUACUUCCUGUGGUUCAGCAUGUUUGAAUAACCCUUGGAGAAUAUGUUAAUAAACUUUGUAAUUUGUCUCUG